GUAUCAUUUUCACAUAACAGGCAUGGCAAGUAAGCGAAAAUCAACAACACCGUGCAUGGUCUUAGCCAACGAGCAGGAUCCGGAUCUGGAAACGGUAUCAGACUUGGAGGAAGGACCACCUGUGCUCACGCCAGCAGAUAACCCUACAGCAGAGAGCGUAACAAGUGAUGAGGAUGCUCACGAGUGUGUGGAUUCAGACAAUCAGAAAAAUACAAAUAAAGUAGAAGGUGGUUACGAGUGUAAAUACUGUACGUUUCAAACUCCAGAUCUCAAUAUGUUUACUUUCCAUGUGGAUUCAGAACAUCCCAACGUAGUAUUAAAUUCAUCCUACGUUUGUGUAGAAUGCAAUUUCCUUACCAAAAGAUACGAUGCUCUCUCGGAACAUAAUCUGAAGCAUCACCCUGGAGAGGAGAAUUUUAAACUGACCAUGGUGAAACGUAAUAAUCAGACAAUCUUUGAGCAAACAGUAAACGAUCUCACUUUUGAUGGGAGUUUUGUUCGAGAAGAAAACGCUGAACAGGCCGACUCUUCUGAGGUCCCCUCAUCAGGGAUCUCAAUUAGCAAAACUCCUAUCAUGAAAAUGAUGAAAAACAAAUCCGAGACUAAACGUAUUGCUGUGUUCCACAAUGUAGUUGAUGACAUUCCUGGUGAAGAAAAGGGAACUGAAAAUGAGCCAAACUCUGACGAAGUAAUAGAAAACCCACCACCGGCAGUUUCUGAGUCCAAGGCGAGCCAUUCAGUUUGCAGCGCAGCAGAUGUGGCCAGUGCCGUAGUGACUCCAGCACCAGUGCUUCAGCCUGGGGUGGCACAGGUUAUAACGGCUGUUACAGCUCCGCAGAACUCAAACCUGAUUCCAAAAGUCCUAAUACCUGUAAAUAGCAUUCCAGCCUAUAAUACUGCUUUGGAUAACAAUCCUCUUUUGCUUAACACCUACAACAAAUUCCCGUAUCCAACCAUGUCGGAAAUCACUGUUCUUUCCACUCAAGCAAAGUACACAGAGGAACAGAUUAAAAUAUGGUUUUCUGCCCAGCGUCUGAAACACGGGGUGAGCUGGACGCCGGAGGAAGUGGAGGAAGCAAGGAGGAAACAAUUUAAUGGCACGGUGCAUACUGUGCCACAGACAAUUACUGUAAUUCCAGCACACAUUUCUGCCGCUAGCAAUGGUUUACCUUCAAUUUUACAGACAUGCCAAAUAGUUGGUCAGCCAGGACUUGUUCUCACUCAAGUUGCAGGUGCAAAUACGUUACCAGUAACAGCCCCAAUAGCUUUGACUGUAGCGGGAGUCCCAAACCAAACACAGUUACAGAAGAGUCAGAUUCACACUGCUCAGCCUGUCGCAGAAACCAAACAAGUAGCUGCCGUUCCAGCCCCUCAACCUGUCAAAAAUGAAUCCGCGCUGAUGAAUCCUGACUCCUUCGGCAUCCGAGCAAAAAAAACCAAGGAACAACUGGCAGAAUUGAAAGUCAGCUACCUUAAAAAUCAGUUUCCUCAAGAUUCAGAAAUCGUUAGACUUAUGAAAAUAACAGGCCUGACCAAAGGAGAGAUCAAGAAGUGGUUCAGCGAUACACGCUACAAUCAGAGAAACUCGAAGAAUAAUCAUGGGAUUCAUCUCAGCAGUGAUUCAUGUGCCACCAUUGUUAUUGAUUCAAGCGAUGAAAUGAAUGAGUCCCCAACGGGAGUCGCUCCACAGAGCAAGUCAUCAUGGAGCACUUUUCCUGAUUUCACCCCACAGAAAUUCAAAGAGAAGACUGCUGAACAGCUGCAAGUCCUCCAAGCGAGUUUUCUUAGUAACCCUGUUCUUACAGAUGAAGAGAUGAAUAGGUUAAGAGCCCAAACCAAACUGACCAGGAGAGAGAUUGAUGCCUGGUUUACAGAAAGAAGGAAAUCAAAUGUCUUAAAGGAAGAGGGAGCUGACUUGAAUGAAAGCAAUGCUGGCAGCUCAAAGGAAGAGGCUGGAGAAACCUCUGUGGGAGAUGGAGCAGCAGGAGCAAAAUCAGGCUGUUCUACUUCAAGCAAAAUAGGCAAAAAAUCACCAGAACAGUUGCACAUGCUUAAAAGUUCCUUUGUCCGUACUCAGUGGCCAUCUCCACAAGAAUACAACAAGCUGGCAGAAGAAACUGGGCUCCCGAGAUCAGAAAUUGUGAGCUGGUUUGGAGAUACUCGUUAUGCCUGGAAAAAUGGUGGAUUGAAAUGGUAUUAUUAUUACCAGAGCGCCAAUGCAAACAGUCUGAAUGGCCAAGGCUUUGCGAGGAAGAGAGGGAGAGGAAGACCAAAAGGGAGGGGGAGGGGGAGGCCUCGGGGGAGGCCUCGGGGAAGCAAGAGGUUGAACUGCUGGGACAGAGGUGUGUCUGUCAUAAAAUUCAAAACUGGAACAGCAAUCCUGAAGGACUACUAUAUGAAGCACAAAUUCCUUAAUGAGCAGGACCUCGAUGAACUGGUAGCCAAGUCUCACAUGGGAUAUGAGCAGGUCAGAGAGUGGUUUGCAGAAAGGCAAAGAAGAUUAGAACUUGGAAUAGAGCUGUUUGAUGAGAACGAGGAGGAAGACGAAAUGCUGGAAGAUCAGGAAGAUGAGGAAGAAACAGAUGAUAGUGAUACUUGGGAACCCCCCCGACAUGUUAAGCGUAAACUUUCAAAAUCAGAUUGA